CACCAUGAGCGCAGCUCGUGAAAUUAGGUGUGCGUCCUGGUGCGUCAGUGUGUGCGCGUCCACGUGUUGUUGUGGUUUCCGAGCCCUCGGCUCCCAUCACGCGUUCCUGUUCCUGUCGCAGAAUAUAAACACCCGAUCGCAACAUCUGGAAACGCAAGGAUAGGACUCGAUUCGACAGCAUCUUCGUGUUACGGUGAUGGUGGCGUAGACAAUCACGGAACUCUCCAACAACCGUAAUCCAGCGUGAGACUCCCUCGGCUUAGGAAGCCCCCCCUCCCCCUCCUCCUCCAACGCCAGUGACGAUCGAGGCUGAUUGCUAGUAAUUUGGUGACGGGCAGAAACACUGAUGGGCCAACGUGCUGCGUCCGCUGGUAUCACCGCCUCAUCAGUCAUGAGACACUGUCACAGUCAAGUCAUAUGGAACAGGAACGAGAGCAACUUUGAAUCGGUAUCCUAUCAUGAGUUACCGUCGUCUUUUUGACUCGGAGAAUGGGCUCGUUCAAGGUCUCCUUUUUCGUUCACAUCCAAUCGGGUUCUCUCCAGCCUUCGAGGCCAGCUUUCAAAUAUCGCCUAGGAACCAAAUAGUCCACAUUUGAUGCUACAUCGCCUGAUGAACCCUGCAACAUUUCCGCUUCGGUAUCAACAAGCGAACUAUAACCUUCAAGAACCUGACGCUAGAGGAAAUCACUCGGUUCCGGUGUGAACAACUGGAGGAACCCCGACGACCCGGGACCCCGGUGGCGCUCGCGGUGAGUGACGCGCGGUGGAUGAGGGUAGCCGAUCCGGGCGUGGGUGUGGGCCGGCGAUGGUCAUCCCGCUGUCACCGUGCCGUGGAGGGGUUGGGACCGGGGCCCGGGCUUGGCCCCCCAUCCCCGGGGCGGAGGCCCCCCUGACGGCCAGCGUCACCCUGUCCGGGGGCAGCGGCUCCCGCUCGCAAGACCGCGUCACGACGGGCACCCUCUCCCUCUCGCCGGCCAAGACCCUGGCCGCCCACUCGCUCGACUCACCGCCGCCGGACUACGAGAACAGCUCCGACGACGAGGACCUCAAGAGAGCCAUCCUCUAUGACAAAUGGAGGCAACUUUUUGAUAAGUACGAUGUGGAGGGCUACGGCGAGAUCCCGUGGGACGAUCUGCUGCGCGCACUGGUCAUGCCGGAUUUCAUCGCCCAAGUUUGCCCGAACAAGAGGGAGAUGCUCGCUGAGAAGGCUUACGAAAGGAAGACCACCGCUAUUACCUUCCAGGACUUCGUUAACGUCAUGACAGAUAAGCGGCGCCGCAGCUUCAAAUGCGCCCUCCACUCAAGAGACGGUCUCGUCAGCAGCCAGAACGACUUCCACAUCAUCUUCAAACAGCCACCCAUCUUCUCAAGGAUCGCUGGGAACGUCUGUUUUUGAUACAGAGGUGUAUCUUGUCGGGGCAUCUGGUGGUGUUUAUGCUCUACUUGCUGCACAUUUAGCAAAUAUUUUACUGAAUUUCAACAAUAUGGAAUUUGGUGUGAUCCGACUAUUAGGCAUCUUUGUAAUAGUGAGUGCCGAUGUUGGUUUUGCUGUUUAUGAUCGACAUGCUGCGGAAAUGCUAGAUACUUCAGUGGGCUGCCACCCAGUGAGCUAUGUCGCCCAUCUGACGGGUGCUCUAGCCGGGCUCACCAUAGGCCUUCUAGUCCUUAAAAACUUUGAACAGAAGCUCCAUGAACAAUUAAUCUGGUGGAUUGCACUAGGCGUCUAUGCGGCCUGUACCAUCUUCGCCAUCCUUUUCAAUAUCUGCAGUCCCUCGUAUGCCGAUCCGUGAAAUCACUGCUAUUCAGCUUCGCUCUAAGUUUUUCUCAGGUUCCCAUAUCUUCAUCUUGUGGAUGAAGAAAAAGUUGUCUUAUAUAUUAUAAUAAACUGUUUGAAGAGUGGCUGAUGCAUCUCAUCCAACUCGCUCCAAGCACUCUCUCUGAGAUUAUGUGACGUCACAGAAGAGAAUGUAGGAAACUUUUAAAUUUAAAUUUUAGCUUAAUAAUCUUGCUUUUAUCCUCAGGUUUAAUUUAAGCCCUCUUUUCUUAUACUGACAAGUGAUUCUUUUUGUCAUCGGUGACUCUAGCCACUCUAUUUUUUGAGUGCUCUCAAACUUAUUUUUAGUUUGAUGUUUUCAUUUGCUCAAACUUUUGAGUGCAGCAGCAGAAAAAUAUUUUUUUUUACAAGCAAAAGAUCGCUGUUGUACCAACUUGCAGAAUUUAUUUACAAGAAGUUCUGUCAGUUUCUCUCAUUUUUUAAUCAUGAACACGAAACUAAGAGUUCUUAAAUUGUAUCCAAAAGUUGAGUAUUAAAAUCUGUGAAGAUCUUUUUUAAAGCUGAUGUCAGGAUUUUAACCUUCAAAGUGAAACUUCCAGCUUUAUGAGACAAACUUUUGUUCUAGCAGCUAUUAUUUAAGCUAAGCAGUAUGAAGCUUUGAAAAUGGGAGCAGCAGUUUUUAAGUGCCCAUUUAAACUCAGAAAAUUUGCUAGUCAUUUGUUAUUAAGAUUCUCGCUCUAUUUUGUAUUAUUUUUCAUCAAACUCAUUCGUUCAUCCAAGAACACAAAGAGGCGUUUACUUGUACAGUUGAACCUCAGAUAUCCAGCAACAUAAAGUGGAGAGCUGUGCUAGAUGAGUGUCAAAAUUUCCUGAUAAUUGAAAAUCCUUUGAAUUUAUCAGAUAAUUAGAAAUUAACUUUAAAAACUGACCUUAGGAUCGAAAAUGUGUCCUAUAAAUGACUAAGGGAUAUCUGCCAGAUAAUUGAAGUACUGGUUACCUGAAGUUCAACUGUAAUUAAAAUUAGCUGCGCAUUUUUCGUUCAAUGUAAAGCAUGUGUAAGUAUACAUCUUAAGAAUUUUAGAUCAAAUUUUUACAGAAUUUCUUCACUUCGGUAGCUAAUUAUCGAAUAACGGGUAAUUUUUUCAUGUUUGUUAUUGCAAGUAAGGAGCAAGAUCCUUGCCUACAGCAUUAAGUUAAGUUUUAUGAUAUCUUUUACUAUAAAUGUCGUCUGCUCACUUUCAGAAAAGUGGAUCUGCAAUGAAUGAACUUAUUUCUGCGUACACUCUUUAUCAUUUACAACUUUUACAUAAAAUAAUUGGCUUUACGCUGUUUAAGUGUGAUUCAUUAAAUUCACAUAAUCUCAACUGAAGAAGGUGGGGUGGAGACUUGAUUUGAUUUUUCAUCCUAGGAAAUUUUUUUAUCUCAAUAGCCAUGGCAAUAUUGGUCCUCUUUUUGUUUAUCAUGCUAAGGCUUUAAACUUUAUUGAUCUGCGGGCGAUUGGCAAAUUUUUUAUUAUGUUAUUUAAAAGUAUUAAGUUAUUCGAAAGUAUUAAGUGAACUUAGCGAAUAUUUUUUCUCACCUUUUUUUUGAUAACGGCAACCAAUAGAAAAGUCCAUGUGACAGUGCAAAAAAUUAGGGUUACCAAAAAUAGGGUUUGAAAGGCGCACUUUUUAUUUUUGAAUUCAUGAUUGUCGAUUUUGCGAUAAUUUAAUCACGAUCAAUAUGGCGGAGGAAUCCGCAAUAUAGAAAUACACUGCAACAUUGCUGUUUUUUGUUGAUCAGUAGGAGGUUAUUAAGGCCAAGCACUUCGAAAAGUUCAGCUGUCUGCUAAUGUCCUUAUCGGAUUUCUCCUAAGCUGCAUUCGCCCAGAUUACUUAUUUAAGAAAGUUCUAAUAUUUUAGCCUAACAAAGAAGCAAGUGUUAUUUCCUUGUGGGGAUGAUUUUUGGUGCAAUUUAACUGUGCGCAUCAUUUUUCCCAUACAUCAAACUGUGGAAAUCAACAAUUUGCAGGUCAAUUCCUCCCUAGGUUAACUGACCCAUCUCUGAUUUUUUUUAUACCUGCAAUGCUAAUGUAAUGAAGAAUACUCAUUAGAUUCUGUAUGUGUGUGUAGCUUCUGAAUUAAAAUUUUGAAUGCAAUUACCGAAUUGUGUUACCUAUCUUAAAAGCAAACUCGAAUCACCAGAAAUGAGUUAAGAUCUAAGGAUUGUAUUAUUUUUUGAAAUCACUCUUAGCUCUCUUUUAUGUCGCCCACUGCCAAUCGUUAUAUAAAACACAAACUUGUUUGAAUUAUCAUCAUUUUUUUUUUUCAUUUGCCUUUUGGAUGCAUUUAGCCCCACAAACUGAAACUGUAAGUCAUUAGUGCCUUCAUUCAUGUUUUUUCUUUAUUUUACAAAUUAUUGGCAGCACUGUAUUAUGAACUCUAAUUACCUUACUAUUUUAUUAUCAGCUUUAAUUACCUAGCUAGAAUUUUACAAAUUUUCCAACUCCAACUUUUAUACAGUAAUUUGUGCAUCUUGCUAUCCUCUAAGGUCUAAACAUCAAGUAUCCUUAACUCUGAAUGUACCUCCGUUUUUCAUGUGAAAGGGCUCCCUAUAUCAGAGGUGUCUUGAAGAGAGUUUUAGAUAGAGGAUAUUUUAAGGAACGUUCCGAAAUUUUAGUAAUAUACUCUCAUGUCAUAAGUAGGAAGCGAAAUCCUUAAAGGAUAUUCUACUAAGUUUAAUUUGAAUAAGAAAGGUCUGUACAGCUUUGAGAGAAAAUGUUGGAUCAAUUACCCGAUUGAUUACUAUCUAAGCUUUCAUUUACUAAAUAUAAGAUCUCAUUCCAGUUUAAAAUCCAAAUUUCUUUACUUCUAAAUGUACUUUACUUACACUACUGAGGAUUCCAGUUGAAUCUCUAGGGUGAUAGAAUUUUGGUUUUUCAAGAUCAGAAAUCAGCAUAACACUCUUACUCUUCACUUCUUUUUGUUUUCUCCUAUUAAUUGCUAUGUGUAUAAACACAAAGUGAAACACAAACACAAUCGAGAGACUUCAGUAGAGGCCUUGCUAAAUAAGUAUUCGCACUUGUAGACUGCAACAUAGGAGAUCCGUCAUCUUGAUUCUUGAAUUUCCUUUCAAUGCUGAACCGACAACAUACAAUCUUUUGUCGCAGUCUAAUAGUGUGUAAACUUAUGUGGUGUGGACUCUUUUAUACUCUGACUCUGCGUUUUAUUGAUGAUCUAUGAAUAUCUCAUGAUCAUGAUCAUGAUCUAUGAUCUAUGAUGAUCUCAAUGUAGAAAUGAAUGGCAGAGCAGUUGUACAGCAAUGGCAGCGAUACAUAAUAGAUUUUUGCCAUGGGAUUAUGUAUGAUGUCUGGUGUUCUUUUUAAAUCUAAAUAAUAGGAGAGCAAUGUUAAAAUUUCUGGCACUCAGAAAUCAUUCAUUUGUACUAUGUACUUUUUCCAACUUUCAAAUUAUGUACUUUUUGCAAUUUAUACAUUCAUGCUGCAAUUUAAGGGCGUAGUGCCCUUUUAUGGUUUCCUCAUUGUGCACAACAAACUGUUUCGUAUAAGCUGAUUCGUUUAUACCUAGUCCUCUAUCUCAUUCUGUACAUUCUAUCGAAUUCUAUGAGAUAGCGAUUUAUUUCAUCAAUCAAGUCCUCUGGAAAUGGCCUUUUCAACUCAGCCUCUCUCAAAGACUCUUAGUUCUUCAGUUGCCCAAUGAUAAGCUGCCGUGAUAGGAGUGAUGAAAUACUAGGUCUAUUGUGCUGCCAUAGGUUCGUCAAUGUUCGAAAAACCUCUUAUAUUUUUGUCAGUGAUUUUUUUAUACUAGUCUGUAGUGAACGCGUCUCUUUGUAAUGUUUCCUCGUCCCAAGUUUUUGCGAUUUAUUUUUCCGGGCUCUCCGUUUGAUAGCCACGAGAAGUGUGACUCUGUAUAUUUCAUGUAAAGUAAUUUGUUUUCCUAUUCUUAAUCGUAUUGUUUUCUGAUUUCAUUGCAAGUCGUUGUGUUAAAUUAUUUUUCUCUGUUUUAUAUUUUUAUUUAUUUAUUUAUUUAUUUAUAUUUAUUUAUUUUCAGUGCUCUAAGAUUAGGUGUUUAACUCACACUAUGUAUUUUACUAAUAAAAAAAUUUCACUUCAGUAA